AACUAAAACAGAUGGAUUAAUGUUUGCUUAAAAUAAAAUUAAAAUUCCGCACUGGAUGGAGAAAAACUCAGUUUCUCACUGUGGACUGAAGUUAAGUGCUGAUUUGACAACCUGAAGACAUUCUGCGCAAAGUAUUACCUGGGCAUUAUGAAGAGGUAUCCAGGCUUUUUUCAUUCUUGGGAGAGGAUGCAGUCUUGCUGAACUCACGUAGCCUAAUCGCAGAUUUUUUUUUUAAAUUUGCUCAUAUUUCACUGGCUCUCGAUAAAACUGUAACGCGAGCUGCACUUUUACGCGGUAGUUUUAAAACUUUGCAUGCCCAAAAUGGACCGUGCAGGAUUUGCUGUUUUAAUGGUUUUGACUGUUGCACUGGUGCGAAUUGGUGACAGUCAAAAGGACACAACAGGUGGGAGGAAAGAGGGUGCAGAGGCAGGCAGGGCGAUCGGGGACCAGCAGUCCCCGGUGAGGAGUCAAGGUCACUCGCCAAGAGGACCAGAGGACGGUGCAUCCUCCAGACUAUCUGGGGAAACUUUUCCUGGGACCCGCCACUCAAGGACUCUGGUCCGCCUGCCCAGGGGCACAUCAUCCCAAGGGGAUGGCAGACACAUAUCCACAGCAGGACCGCUUCACGCUGCUGGCGCCUCCCGGGAAGACCUCGUCUCUGCGCCGAGGGAUGGUGCGCCACGCACAGCAAGACAGCCGGCCAGCCAGCAGCACAGAACCAAAGUUAACCGCAGGCAGAGCAGCAAGCUCAGCUCUGCCAGCACAAAGAGACUUGCUGGGCCUAAUGUCUGUGGUGGUCAGCAGUGCUGCUCAGGCUGGGCUUUGGCACCAGGGACUAAUCGCUGCAUAAAACCUGACUGCCAGCCCCCCUGCCAGAACCGUGGCUCCUGCAGCCGGCCACAUACCUGUGUGUGUCGCUCAGGCUUCCAGGGGCCCCGCUGUGAGGAGGUGGCUCCAGAGCAGGUGUACAUCCAUGACAGAGGCACUCUGAGGCGCAUUCAACCUGGGACCAACCCUUUCCAGAAAGACCAACCACGGAGAAGGCCCUCAGAAAGGCAGGCCAUCGAUACCACCAAGGUCCAGACCCCACGACCUGCAACCACCAAACAGCCUGUCCACACUGUGACCCAAGUGAGACGGGGACCCCCUGACUCCUCCUCUCAGCAGACUGGGACCUCACGCACUGUGAAACGUUAUCCAUCAUCCUCUGGACCUAUAACAUCCAACGCUCUACCCAGUGGCAAUGGCUACACUGACGGAUAUGGCAAUGAGCACAGAAACUGGCACGGACACAGAAAUGGGCAUAGUAUUGUGCACUCCUUUAACACUCACAAGCCUACCAGCGACAGCCAGCUACACGGACAGUUCAACAAUGCAUUAUUACCAGCAGGGGCCAACCUCACCUCCAACCUGGACCGCAUCAAGAUCGUCUUCACGCCCAUGCGGUGCCACAGGGUGUGCAGUGGUGGGCGCUGCUACAACAACUGUGAGAAGGGGGACAUCACCACAGUCUACAGCGAGAACUUGCACCAGCAGCAGCAGCCAAAGAACCAGGGCUUCCGACUCUUCUUCUGUCAGAUACCCUGUCUUAAUGGAGGCAAAUGCAUUGGCAGAGACCUGUGCUGGUGUCCAUCAAACUCAACAGGGAAGUUUUGCCACCUGCCAGUUCCGCCUCCUGCGAGACCUACUCCUCACAGCCACAAGGAUGCCAGCCACCAGAGACCAAAAUCUCCCUCCCACUCCAUGUACACUCUCCCACUGUCCAAUCAGCAAGUGUCACUCCACCCAUCCUUGGUGAACGUCCACAUUCAUCACCCUCCAGAGGCCGAAGUCCACAUCCACCAAGUAGCUCGGGUCCAGCCUGGGCAGAGACCGGCCACCACAGAGGGGGCUCACUCUGUCCAGCAGCGCUCCCAGCCUGGGAAUGGACAUGAAACCACCAAUGAUCAUAACAGCAGGCACCCACAUGCCAGUGGGAAUGGCCAUGGCCAAGCCAGGCCGCACAGCCGUCAGAAUGGACAUGUAGGAAGAUGCUUUCAGGAAACAGUCGAUGGACAGUGUGGAAAGCCUCUGCCAGGCCUAACCAAACAGGAUGAUUGCUGUGGAAGUGUGGGCGCCUCCUGGGGUCUAAACAAGUGCCAAAAGUGUCCAACCAAACCAGCAUAUGCAGUGAUUGCAAAUGGACAAGUCGAAUGUUCCAAAGGUUUUAAAAGGAUGAAUCUCACACACUGUCAAGACAUCAACGAGUGCCUGUUGCCUGGGAUCUGUAAGAAUGCUGAGUGUCUCAACACCAAAGGAAGCUACAGGUGCACGUGUAAACCAGGCUUCAUGUUAGACCCUGCCAGGAGCCACUGUGUCUCGGACAAGGCUGUGUCUGACCAGAGGGCAUUCUGCUACCGAUCUGUGUCAGCGGGCUCAUGCUCUCUGCCCCUUGCUCAACACAUCACCAAGCAGAUCUGCUGCUGCAGCCGAGUGGGCAAGGCCUGGGGCCCCGGGUGUGAUCGCUGUCCUUUGCCGGGAUCAGACCAUUUCAAGGAGAUCUGCCCAGCUGGUCAUGGAUAUACCUACUCGCGCUCUGAUGUGCAGAUUUCUCUCAGACAGCUGGGGGAAGAUGACCUGCAGAGCACAGGAAUGUCAUGGGAGGAGCAGAGCCCCACUUACCCUCAGCUUCCAUCCUCCCAGCCCUCACUGCUGCUGCCUAGUGGGCCCCAAGUACCCCAAUACCCUGAGUACCCUGAGACACCCCAAUACCCUGAGUAUCCUGAGACACCAGAAGCACCCCGAUACACUCUGACUCCACAACAGCCUCUCCAUCCCUCUCACCCAGCCAGAGAGACACCGAAGGAGCCGGAAGACGUGGAAAUUCUGAGUCCGCCAGCUGUUGUGACAGACUCACCACUGAAAUAUCCAGAGACUUCUCCAGACUCCUCCAUCAUCAGCCUGAGGCCAGAUUCAAAGGACACCCACACAGGUAAUGACAAGUGUGCCAUCACCCCCACCAUAUGUGGCCGUGGGAAAUGUAUUCCUGUGCAGACUGGCUACACCUGCCAAUGUGAGCCAGGAUUCAAGCUCAGUGCGCUGCAGACCAACUGCAUUGAUGUGAAUGAGUGUGACGAGGACCCAUGUGAAGGGAAGGGCCGCUGUAUAAACAGCUAUGGCUCCUACACCUGCCAAUGUCACAGUGGCUACAGCCAGGUGAUCACCCAGAACAGGAAGUUCUGUCAAGACAUUAACGAGUGCAGCAUGCCGAACAAGUGCCAGAAUGGCAAAUGCGUCAACACAGAAGGAUCUUACACCUGUGAAUGCAACAGUGGCUACGCCAAGUCUUGGAGAGGCCUAUGCGAAGAUGUAGAUGAGUGCAGGGAUCCCAGCUCCUGCCCCAACGGUGUCUGCGUCAACACCCUCGGCUCCUUUCAUUGCCAGGGUUGCGGCCCGGGGUUCAGGCCUGCUGAUGAAACAUGUGUGGAUGUAAACGAGUGCUUGAACCAAACAGUGUGCGGCCCUGGAAGGUGUGUCAACACUGAGGGCUCCUAUAAGUGCAACUGUUUCAGAGGAUACAAAGUCUCACCGGACAACGUUUGCCAAGAUGAGGAUGAGUGUGUGCUCCCUGGAGUCUGUCUCCACGGCCGUUGUGUCAAUCUGGACGGCACCUACAAAUGUACCUGUAACCAUGGUUACCAAGUCACCUCAGACAGCAAAGCCUGUGAAGAUGUCAACGAGUGUGCAACUGGUAAUGUGUGCCCUGCGGGAAUCUGCAUUAAUGCUCCAGGUUCCUACAAUUGCCAGAACUGCAGCCCUGGGUUUGGACCAUCUGCUGAUGGACUGAGAUGUGAAGAUGUGGAUGAGUGUGCCCAGGGUGACUUGUGUCUUGGUGGGGUGUGUGCCAACACGGAGGGAUCCUACACCUGUACCAGAUGUAAGGCUGGCUACAGAGUGUCUCAAGACCGGCAGAGGUGUGAAGAUAUUGACGAAUGCCAGUCCCUGUCUACCUGUGCCAACGGGAUCUGUCUAAACUCGGAAGGCUCUUACACCUGUGAGAACUGCCCUACAGGGUACAGAGUAUCAUAUGAUGGGGAGCUCUGUGAAGAUAUUGAUGAGUGCGCGCUAACCACUACGUGCCCCCGGGGAACAUGUACAAACACAGAGGGUUCCUUCACAUGCAUCAACUGUCAACCUGGUUUCAGAGUCUCUGAGGAUGGACAACAGUGUGAUGAUGUGGAUGAGUGCUUGGUGGCUAACAUGUGCCCGGGCCAGCUGUGCUUGAACACCGCAGGAUCCUACACCUGCAGGAGCUGUGGAGACGGCCUGCAACUGUCCGAGGAUGGUUACAGCUGUGAGGACAUUGACGAGUGCCAGAGCCCAGGUGUGUGCCCCAUGGGUGUUUGCACCAACACAGAGGGUUCCUUCUCCUGCAUGGCCUGUGACCCAGGCUUCACAGUGGCACUUAAUGGGCUCUCAUGUGAAGAUGUAAAUGAAUGUGUGGACAACAGCCUAUGUCUGGGAGGCCAGUGCACCAACAACAUUGGUUCCUAUAGCUGCUCCUGCCCCACUGGGUUGGAGCUGGUGGAUGGGACAUCCUGCAGAGAUAUCAAUGAGUGUUUAACCAUCACGGGGAUCUGCGGAGAAGGAAACUGUCUGAACACUAAGGGCUCCUACACGUGCAUCUGUCCUGAUGGAUAUACCACCAUCAAUGCUAGGACCGGCUGCCAAGAUGUAGAUGAAUGCCGUAAAGACAAUGUGUGCACCCGGGGCCAGUGUCUCAACACUGAUGGCUCUUUCUUGUGCUUGUGUAAGGCUGGCUUCAAGUUCAACGCUGACACGGCUGACUGUGAAGACCAGAAUGAGUGCAAGGAUUUUGGAAGCUCAGUGUGUGGUACCUGGCGCUGCGAGAACACCAUCGGCUCCUAUCGGUGCUUCAUGGGCUGCCAGCCUGGCCAUGAGGGAGGAGACGCCACAGACUGCGAUAUUGAUGAGUGUGUCAACGAAACCAUCUGUGGGAACCACGGCUUCUGCGAGAACACAGACGGCUCCUUCCGCUGCCAGUGUGACCAAGGCUACACAAACCCGCCCGGAGAUAUGAGCAGAUGUGUUGACGUGAACGAGUGCGAGAUGAGCCUGGCGCUGUGCGGGGAGGCCCUGUGUGAGAACUUCGAUGGCAGCUUCCUGUGCAUCUGCCCCAACGACAAUGAGGAAUUUGAUCCCAUCACCAGCCAGUGCCGCUCCAUGGUUGAAACUGACCCGAAAUCCACUGCUCUGGUCCCCCCCUCAACCGAGGAGAGGAAAGAGUGUUACUAUAACUUGAAUGACGCCAACUUCUGCGACAACGUCUUGUCUCGCAACGCCACCAAGCAGGAGUGCUGCUGCACGGUGGGGGCAGGCUGGGGGGACAACUGCGAGAUCCAUGCCUGUCCUGUUCCAGGAAGAGAUGAUUAUAGCCAGUUAUGCCCUCAUGGCAGUGGAUUAUUGUCCCUGCCUGUUUCCUCUACACAAAGUCUGGGACAACAACGCCAUUUCAUAGAUGCAAAUGAGUGUAAGAUGUUUGGAUCAGACAUUUGUAAGAAUGGACGGUGUUCCAAUCUCUUUUCUACCUAUACAUGCCUCUGUCGCUCUGGCUUCUACUAUGACAACAUCCGGCUUGAGUGUGUGGAUUACGAUGAGUGUGGAUUUGUAAAAGCCUGUGAGAAUGGAGUGUGUGUGAACACGGCCGGGUCUUUCAACUGUUUCUGCAGUCCUCCAUUGGUCCUGGACAACACACUGCGGCGCUGCAUUGCCCUCAACAACACAGAAGAAUCUCCAGAGCCUGAUCACGACGUGCACAUGGAUAUUUGCUGGCUGCAUCUGGAGGGGGAGAACAUGUGUUCGGGACCCCUUCAGGGACGCAGAACGACAUACACUGAAUGCUGCUGCCUGCAUGGUGUGGCCUGGAGCGGACAGUGUGCCUUCUGUCCCAGGAGAGACUCUGAGGACUAUGCAAUAAUGUGCAACCUGCCUCGAGGAGCAGGUUCAGACAGCCUGCGAGAGCGGCCAGGAUAUGAGUACGGUUAUGAGGGGCCAGACGAUCCUGUGGAGCCUUUUGUUUCUCCAUACUUUGACAGUUAUGGAAACCCUGUGCGACCCUAUGACAUUCCUGAGAGCGUUCCUCUCUUCAACGACCAUGACUACAGUGUUCAACAGCCACCUGUCCGUGUCCCUGUUGCCCGACCACGGGAACACCAGCCACAACCAGUGGAUUCCUAUGCUGAGCACACCGAUGGCUUUGAGGGUCUCCGAGCAGAGGAAUGUGGAAUCCUCAACGGGUGCGAAAAUGGCCGCUGCGUUCGUGUGCGAGAAGGUUACACCUGCGACUGCUUCGAUGGUUACGAAUUUGACCUAAACAAGAUGGCCUGUAUAGACAUAAACGAGUGUGAGGACAUCAGCGACAAGGUGCCAUUGUGUCACAACGGGCUGUGCACCAACACAGAGGGAUCCUAUAGGUGCACCUGUUUGCCAGGCUUUGUGGCCUCUGCCAAGCCACACGAGUGCAUCCCAACGAUCCCAGAGUCUGGGCCUAGGGAGACAGGAAACUGAGACAGUGACUGUUGGAGCGCUGGCUUUCCCCUGCUCCCUCAAAGAUCACCUUACACCCCUCUGCCCUUUCCCCCCAAGGGCCUGGCACUAAACCUCCAACAGUAAAGCUGAGACGUCCAAACUCGUUUCCCUACAUACACAAACACAUACACACAAAAGCACACACACUUGCAUUCAGCACAGAACACAUUCAGAUCCCCCUCAUACACAUUCAAGAGGACCAGGAAUUGUGCAGUGAAUGUAUUACAUGGGAUUUAGUAUUCACCAGAUAUCCAUUUGCCUUAAAGGGAUUUUGUGGACUGAUCUUUUUUUAUUCAGUAACCCCAGGCAAUUUCAUAUGCAGAUAUAUUUUCCACAUUAUUUUCUGUCAUUUUUUUGUGUUAUUUAUUUCAUUUAAAAAAUAUUUUUCUUCAUUUUCAUGACGGGCCUCUGCAAACUAAGAAAGCAACCUAUUUCAGAGGACAUACUUGAUUCCUCUUGUUUUUAUUUGUCUCACCAAUUGACCUCAGAGGCGGGUAUGGGGAGAUAGUAAAUGUCUUUUGUAAAAGAAGGAAUGUCACAAGAAAUCAGCCACUCACAACUCAGUUUGUGUUUCACCAACAUUAUCUCACUCAGUCAUUGUAAUUAGCAUUGACCCUGGACUAAACGGAUGCCAGGGCUGACAAACAUCAGAAAUUCAAAGAGAGAACUUUUUCCCUCACCUGCCUUUCUGUUCUUCAAGAUUAAUUACGAGCUUAAGUUGAAGAAUCUCUGGACCAAGAACGGGCAAGUCAAAGCCAGCCAAACGUACGCAUUAAAAACUUCAGCCUUCAUGUGGACCUGGAAAGCCUGUAGAUGUAUAUGAUGAUCUAUGUAGUGUUUCAAAAAAGAUGUAAUAGGUAUAACCUGCCUUCCUCUGUUUGACACCAUUUUUAAUCAGUCUUACCAGCAAUACAGGCAUUGUUGUAGGAAAACCUGUGGUCAGUUGCUGAUCCCAAUUUUCCCCAUAUGUACCGUGACUUAUCAGAGUUUGUUUCUACAUUCUAGCCUAACUUCUGAAACUACAGAAAGUAGGUUAGUUGAAAUUAUCCACUAGUAUCAGUGCUUAAAAUGAAAGUUGGUUUUAUGCGCCACUGCCACACAGGCAAAAGGCAAUUAGAUCCCAGAUGUCACAUCAGACCAUUCCCAUGUGGGCAUCUCUGAAUGCAUGUAAAGACAAAGGCUUCUUUGGAGAGGUUUGGUAUAUUUUGUACAGAUCUAGUACUAUGUAUUAUUUUUGUUACAUAUUCUCUUAAUGCAUUAUAGCACAACCAAUAUUUUGUUUGACAUAAAGCAUAAAAUGUAAGGAAAAUCCGGCAUUAUAGCUUUGUAGAUUUAUACAUGUCUGUAAAAAUGUUUUUAAAGCAUAUCUUUUUAUGUAUGAGGAGAGUGACUGACACUGUACCAGAGGAACUGUGUGUAUACCCUGCCCUGUGGAGCAGACAAUGAAAUAUAUUUUUUGGAAGUGGCAGCACUGUUCUAUUCACAGACAUUUUGUCUCUUCAAGUUCAUUACAAAGACAAUGCUUUUGAAAUGCAAGCACCAACUUCCGUGCAUCACAACUUUAUGGCUAAAUAUUAGUAAUUGUUUAGUCUCUGUUGGAUCCUUGUGUUAUGGAUGUUUAAUAGACAGUAUCAGCCUACUCAUUUGGUUUCUGAACGCCCACUCAUACGUUCUUUUCUUUUGUAUUCAGGUUUAAGAAAAUAACGGCAUAAUUUGUCUAAACGACUGAAUGUCUCUCAAGAGAUCUCAGCAGCACAUAAACAUAUGAACAUACAGUUGUACAAAUGUCUCCACUUAAUGUCCAUUGUACUUUACUGUGCUGUUCAAAUCAACGCCUGAACCGGACUAGAAGUCUAACAUUUAGGUCUAAGUUGUAAUAUUUAAAGCCUUUCAGAACCGCAAAUAACUUGAGAUAAAUGUCUUAUUUUAUAGCUGUGGUCAUUGGAAAUAACAUGCUCAUUCAUUUUUGUUUACCUCUUGACUGUAAUCACUAUCAGUCAUCAAAAUAAAACGUUGAAAAUA